AUGAUCCGAAAUUCAGAUUACAACAAUUUUGUUUGCUGCGCUGUUUGUAAUAAAAUAAUUCCACCAGCUCCUUUUGGGGAAGUCUUCAAACGGAUCCAUGAAUACAAGCCAUUUAAGACACGCUUUUACACUCACAAAGAUAUACUGGAUAUCGGGGCAGAUCUUUUGUAUAAAGAAGAACUAUUUCAAGAGGCUGUACUCAGAGAACGUGUUGCACUAGCAGAAGCUGAUUUGUGGGCUCAGGCUGAUGAACGCCAAAAGCAAGCAGUGGAGAAAGCACUUGAAGAAGCAAAUGACAAACAUAAAAUCAACAUUCAGAUUCUGGAAGAGGAACAUCAAAAAAAAUUACAGAAUAUAACAUCUCAAACCAAGUUAGAGAUGCAUCAAAACGUAGAAGACGAACUACAGAGAGAAAACUUGGCUGCAGAACAGCGCAUGGUCCAUAGAAUCCAAAGGAUCAUGAUGGAGUGCCACAAGGAGAAGAUCGAGGCUGUGGCGAAAGCCAGGGACGAAGAGAGGCAGCUGGCCCAGGAAGCCAUCCUGGCCCAGAAAAGGAAGGUCAUGGAUGAAUUUAUGAGUGCUGGUAUUACCGUUGUUAAGGAUGAGAGGAAGAGUGUGAGCAAAUUGGUAAAGGAAAAAGAACAUGAAAUGAACAUCUACUAUUGCAUGGCUCAGAGGCAGAAGCAGGAAGAAGUCCAGGAAGUGCUUCAAGAAGCAGAGAAAGCCCAUCAGGCCACACUUGGAAAUGUGAUGAAUAAACUGGUUAACACUCAGGACGAGCUGGUGUCGGUAGCACAACAACUGGGAAUUAUGACAAAUUGGAAAGAUUUCUUGGAGGAGGAAUUACAAGAAACGAGAAUGGCAUUUCAAAAGUACAUCAAUUUUACAUUUCCUAAACUUGCACCCGGACAAGCAGAUUUUAUUCUUCCAGAAAGAAAGAAAACACCUUCCAAUCUUAUUAUUCCGAGGGAAGCAACUCGUAAGUAAUCCUCUUCAACUGAGACUUCACUACCAAAGACGUUGUUCCAAAGUCUAAAUAAAUUCACACAAAAGUCA